AUGUCCCAGAACAAGAAACGAUCAUCUACAGGCCAUGUGCUGCUCCCUGCAUCUAGUGAUCCAGGUCCGGAUGCUGCCAAACCUCUACUGCUUCAUCGAGACGUGGGCUCCUGGACUUUUGGCCGAGGAACUGUAGUAUGGACAAUUUGGCCUGCUGUUCUUCUGCAUACAGUAUUCGCUGCAGCCGUAACCACUAUAUCUCUGAGAACUCAAGUAUAUCUUGCUGUUCCGCCAGUUUUAAUUACCGUACUCGGUGUCGUCAUUGGCUUUGUGAUCUCAUAUCGUGCUAUGAGCGGCUAUGACAGAUACUGGACCGGCCGAACGAGUUGGGGCGAUAUCAUCAAAACAUCGCGAACAAUGAGCAGGCUCAUUUGGAUACACGUCCCACUCAAGGUCGAAAAGCAGUCUUCUUCGAUGGAUAGAAUCCACGCUGAAAAUUGCAAACACGAGAAACGGCAAGCACUGGAUUUGAUCGAAGGCUUCGCUGUCGCUGUAAAGCAUCAUCUUCGAGGUGAAGCUGGAAUCUAUUACGAAGACCUAUACCAUCUCGUGAAGCCGCUUCAUAAGCAUUCACGAGUUUCACACGCCCCGAAGUCAGGAUUCUCUCAUUUACAUUCGCACGUGCCUCAAGCAAAAAGCUCCGCUUUGGACAAUGCUUCGCCUUCUCUCCCCUCACAUCGUAUUCCAACAUUACCACCAGAUCCGAUUAUUCCUGCAAUAAACGAAUAUGGCGCACUCCGCUCUGACUCAUGUUCCUCCGCAGACGAGUCCGAACGUCCUUUCCUUUUCCCUUCUUCACCUCCUCGCGUAUCUCGACCACGUAUCCUUACUGAACUGGUCCCAUUCUCAUCGUUCUUCUCUUCCGUCUCUUCAUUCUUCACGCGGAGGAAGAAAUAUCCCACGGACUUACUUGCUGAUAAUGAUGAGGAGGAUGUUAAUGAUGGAGAACUGAGUCGACGAUGCGCUGCGUCGCGCGGGCGAAAGUUUAGACCAGUUCUUCCCGGCGGAGGCAAAAACAUCCCUUUGGACAUCUUGCGGAACUUGAGUGAAUGGAUUGCUGUCUUAGACGAACGAGGAACUGUUUCUGGUAAUCCUCUAGGAGGGAUGUACUCAUGCAUUGCGUCGUUUGAAGAUAGUCUUUCUACGCUAGAGCGAAUCCUAACGACACCGCUUCCCUUAUGCGUCUGGCUCUACCUCUUCCUCCUUCCUUUCCAGCUUAUUGACCAAUUCGGCUGGUACACGAUUCCCGGCGUAUGUAUCGCUGCAUUCUUCUACAUUGGCUUCCUUGCCGCUGGGGAGGAGAUUGAACAACCAUUUGGGUAUGAUGAGAACGAUCUCGACCUCGACCUAUUUUGUCAUCACAUCAUUCAUGCGGAAAUUGAGUCCCUGAAACGUAGGGACUGUGCGAACAAUUAUCUCCCUGAGGUUACCGUUAAUCCGGACAGAACCACUGUCAAUUCUCCCAUGCAAAAUGGCACUGAGAGUUUGGCUAACGGAUCAGGUAACGAUGAACAUGUAUCACUAAUAUCUGUAUAA